AAUGCAGAAAAUACACUUUACAAUAAGAUUUUUUAUUAAGGUAUUUGUUAACAUUAGUAAAUGCGUUAACUAAAACACACCGUGUCUACACCAGACAAGAGAAUAGACCGCAUUUAGAACCCAUUAUAAUUUUAAAUUUUGUCCACUGGAUGCGACGCGACAAUCCCAUUAGAACAAGCCGUGUGUCGCACAUGAAUUAACAAUGAGCAAUAUAGUUUUUCAGCAUUUAUGAAUCCUUAAUGUUAAUACAUUUAUUCAUGUCAGUUCAUGGUGUAUUAACUAAUGUUAACAGUUGCAACUUUUUAUUGUAAAAAAAAGUGUAUUAGUAAAUGCUGAAAUUAACAUGAAAUCAGAUUAAUAAAUGCUAGAAGUAUUGUUCAUUGUUAAUUCAUCCUAUCUAAUGCAUUAACCAUUGUGAACAAAUACAACCUUAUUGUAAAGUAUUACCAAAUUUUUAAAUGUACUACUAAAACGAAAUUGAUCAUGUGUUAGUUUGACAUAAUUAAAUAACACAAUUGGUUGUGUUAAUAGUUAAUUAAUAGAACCUAACAAUGAGUAAUACACGUACUAAUUAUAGACUAAUGUUCUUAUAUAUAUAUAUAUAUAAUAUAUAAAUGUCUUGAUAUAAACCAUGCAUAUCUUGGCAAUAAUACAUUAUAGACAAACAAUGUAAAACAGUGUAUUUUUAAAUAAACAAACCGUAUAAUCUCUAAACUUUCUUUAAACCUCUCUAGCAACAUGCAUUUUUAUUGUAAUUUGGCUUUCUGUACCGCGAGAGCUGUGCUGAACCGAACACAGAGCUGCCGCUCUCGCGGUACUCUGAUGUCACGCCGAUCGUUCUGAAGUCACAUCAACCCUAAAAAAACGCAGGCAACACGACGUCACGGACACGUCACUGCCAGCAAUAAUAAUUCAGGAGUGGCUGUCGGUACACGAUCCGGGAUGCCUGCACGAUCCUUUUGGAUUGGCAACCACGUAAACACAUCGUAAUGCAUAGCGUAAGCUACAUUUUAAAACAUCAAAAUAGACCCGCCAUGAACUGUUAAAUGAAACACACAAUGUAGCCUACAAAAAUAUGCCGCCAGUUGUGCCGUCUGGCCGUCAAGUGUUUCAUCGCAUGCUUGAUACCAAUAGUGUAGGGAAACCGUGACGUUGUUUACCACGUCAUUCUGCGCAUGCGCAGAACGGAUCGUGCAGGCAUCCCGGAUCGUGUACCGACAGUGGCACUGUGUGGUGCAGGGAUAACGGACGCUAGCAUCACCAUUUGUGUUGAAUCGAUUCUACCGUAUUUCUGCUUCUUUCGUGUAUAGAUUAUUUAGCCAAAGAGGUUAACGGAUAUAUAGUCAACACAUCAUCGUCUAUAUUUGAUAGAAAUAGCUACACAUCUAUGAAAAACACCCAUUACAGGAAGAGUCUACAGAGAGAUUUUUAAAGCAACAUCAGAGAUGGGAAGUGAUUCCAAUCAGGUUGUUGUUCAAUCCUCAGACACCGGGGCCUGGUUUCGCAGUUACCUGCAUGGAGGAACCUCCAGCCUGAUUUCCACGCUGACCACCAUCAUCACCUUCCCACUGUACAAGACCGUGUUUCGCCAGCAGCUGCACAGCACUUUAGUACGUGACACGCUGGCCCAGUUAUUCAAGGAGGGACCGCUGAAACUGUACCGUGGUGUUGCACCACCGCUGCUGAUGAAAGGUCUUAACGGAACUGUACUGUUUGGCAUCCAGGACACGUUCUUACAGAAGCUGUCCGUCUGGGCUGAGCCGCCUCUUCCCGCAAAUGUCCUUCCUGCUAUGGCGGGUUUAGGUGCAGGUGUGGUGGAAGCCAUGCUCUUUACUCCAUUCGAGCGUGUGCAAAACGUCCUGCAGAACAGCAAGAAUGACCACAGCCUUCCUACUGUAAGAAGCGUGUUGCUCAAGCUAAGUUCCAGACCAAUGGCAUCAGGGUACUACACCGCAUUCCUACCUAUACUUGUCCGUAAUGCCUUAGGGAGCAGCUUUUAUUUUGGCCUGAAGGACCCAAUGUCUAUAACUCUGGGCGCUUAUGGCUUUUCCCCUUUAGCCUCAUCCUUCAUGUCAGGGAUCUUAAAUUCAAUGAUAAUUAGUUUACCGCUGUACCCUCUGUCUGUGCUGGUGGCCAACAUGCAGGCUCAAGUAGACGGAGGACACAGAGGGCUAAAAAGCAGUUGGCAGCAGCUUUGGGCGGCCCGUCAGCGUAGCCUGCUUCUUCUGUAUCGCGGAGGUUGUUUGGUCAUCUGUCGCUCUUGCAUUACCUGGGGCAUCACUACUGCAGUAUAUGACCAGCUGAAGAGACGCUCGAAAUGAUAUUCGAUAACAGGGACAUGCCUUCUCUUCACAUAGGCAUAAUCUCAGGUUAACAGUCAGUGUUCUUGCACGAAACCCGAAAGAUUUAAAAGGUGAAUGUUUUAAUAAAUGCUUUCUAUUCUAGUCUAUUCUAAAUGAAGGUGAAUGAAGUAUUUCAGUGCCUGUAAAACGUAAUAAUAAAAUAAGCAAUAACAUGUGUUACCUGAUGGUCGUCUAUUAAUAUUCAGUUGAGGUCCUCGUCCCCAUCAAAAAGAAAAAAGAGACUGUAAUGGGUGUUUGUAACCAAUUCUAGAUGCGAUCAAGGAAGAAUGUUUUAAGAAUCAACUGAAUAACCGGAAACUCCUAAUGAGUUGAUUUGUUCUUGUUUGUUCGCAAAUCAAUUUAAACAGUGUCGUCCUAAUGGUCGAUCGCCUCAAGAUGGCGCUGCUGUCACAUUCAUGCUCUCACUCUCUCCGUCUAAACAUCUACAUCAGCAGCCUGGAACAUUAUGUGAGGUCUUGUUU